CAAACAGUCCCUUUAAGUCAUUCGAACUGGGCUACCAUACAUAUUUAAUAAAACAGUCUAAAAUUGUAUAAAAACAAGAAGAUUAUAUGCACAAAGUUAUGUUAUAAGCUACUUUUUUUUAACUGUUUGACUAUAUAUUUUACUCCUUUACAAUUCGUCUAUGUAUUUUGUAUUUACUUUUAUUAGAUUUGAUUGUGAUAAAAUGGAAAUUAUUACUAUUAUUUAUAAAAUAGACUGAAUUUCCGGUCCGGGCGGGUCACUGAAUCUGCCGGGUGACAGUAUUUUGUGAAACACCUGUCGGUGCUCCGGGUCACCGUGUGUGUGUAGUAGUAUUCAGGUGCUCUGUCCCUUUAAGAGGCUCGUGUUGAUACAGGAAGUGUGAGGGGUGUUUCCAGCUGAUCUGCACAACAGAAGGACCAGAGUCUCCCUCAGCUGCAGCAUCAGAAGCCCGACCUCCAGGCUCCGCUCCCGGGCUCCACAGCAGAGAACACCGGUACCCAGGUGUGCAGUUUACGCCACUUUAAGGAUCUUAAUCCGGGAUUAAUCUGAGGAAGAACCGGGGGGAUCCUCGGUGUCCCCCCUCCCGUGCUUCUCUUGUAGCCGUGUGUUAGCUACCGUGAACCGGUUCCGUCGGUAGCUGUUAGCCCGGACUGUCAUGAUCCCAGCGCGGAGAUGGCGUCCUUCCCCGGUUUGUGUAAGGCUGUCGGGCCAGCUGAGGAGGAGGAGAACGGAGAGCUGGACGGUUCUCUGCAGCAGAUGCUGAAGGCCAUCGCCGACGAGAGGAACCGACUCAACAUCCGACAGGAGAUCAGCGGGCUCGGUCCUCUACAGACUGCUGAUUGUGAGUCAGGUCUGACCGCCAGCAUCAACAGUGACUCAGGUCUUUACUCAACUGGAGGAGAGUUCCCGUUUAUCACAACUGGUUGUUUCAAGGAUGACCGCAUCGUGUUCUGGACCUGGAUGUUCUCCACGUACUUCAUGGAGAAGUUUGCUCCUCGACAGGACGACAUGCUGUUCUACGUCCGCAGGAAGCUCGCCUACGUCAGCGCCGAGAACACCGAGGGCAAAAAGGUGGAGGUGGAGGUCUACAGGAGAGACUCCAAGAAGCUGCCGGGCCUCGGUGACCCCGACAUCGACUGGGAGGAGAGCGUCUACCUGAACCUCAUCCUGCAGAAGUUGGACUACGUGGUGACGUGUGCGGUCUGCACACGCUCAGACGCCGGAGAUAUCCACAUCCAUAAGAAGAAAUGUCAGGAAGUGUUUGCGUCUCCCAGUAAACACGCCAUGGACAGCAAAGGAGAAGAGUCCAAGAUGAGCUACCCCAACAUCUUCUUCAUGAUCGACAACUUUGAGGAGGUGUUCAGUGACAUGACGGUGGGCGAGGGCGAGAUGGUGUGUGUGGAGCUGGUGGCGAGCGACAAGAGCAACACCUUCCAGGGCGUCAUCUUCCAGGGCUCGAUCCGCUACGAGGCCCUGAAGAAGGUUUACGACAACCGGGUGAGCGUCGCCGCUAAGAUGGCCCAGCGAAUGUCUUUUGGCUUCUACAAGUACAACAACAUGGAGUUUGUGAGGAUGAAAGGUCCGCAGGGCAAAGGUCACGCCGAGAUGGCCGUCAGCAGGGUGCCGACCGGCGACACCUCCCCCUGCGGCACCGAGGAGGACCAGGUGUCCCCCUUGCAUGAGAGGGUGACGUCGUUCAGCACGCCUCCGACUCCAGAGAGGAACCGGCCUUCUUUCUUCUCGCCGUCUCUGAGACGUAAAGUUCCCCGAAACCGAAUCGCAGAGAUGAAGAAGUCUCACUCCGCCAACGACAGCGAGGAGUUCUUCAGGGAGGAGGAAGACGAAGAUCUUCACACCACCUCCAACCUUCGCUCUCGCUCUCUGUCGGGGACCGGGCGCUCUCUGGUCGGAUCCUGGCUCAAACUCAACCGAACCGAGGACUACUUCCUGCUCUACUCACACCUGACCUACGUCACCCUGCCGCUGCACCGCAUCACCACAGACAUCCUGGAGGUUCGUCAGAAGCCCAUCCUGAUGACAUAGCAGAGCUGGACUCCCUCAGAGCAUCACGACUACCAAGUGCCUCCACCGAGUGUCCAGACCGAGACCGACAACCAAACACCUGCUUCAGUCAGAGGAGACCAACAAACCAGCCAUCCAGGAAGUGCCUCUUCUUCUUCUUCUUCUUCUCUUCAGUUCUCCACGCCGUCGGGAACACAUGACCUCCGUGUGGAGAGGCAUCGGCUGAACUCUGACCAGGAAGUGAGGAAUGUGUGUUUUCUUGUAAAUAUCCUGCUGCUUUACUCACUGAGACGCCUCGACUAAAGGUUCUGCUUUUACCGACACCCUCUGUUUCUGUUCCACCGUCGGGGUUUCCUUUUGUAAUAUCUUCUCUACGAAGACGACGGCGACGACGACAGGAGGAGAGAGGACACCUCGACUAAAGGUUCUGCUUUUACCGACACCGUCUGUUUCUGUUCCACCGUCGGGGUUUCCUUUUUUAAUAUCUUCUCUACGAAGAUGACAGCGAUGACAGCGAUGACGACGACGACGACGAGAGGAGAGAGGACGCCUGGACUAAAGGUUCUGCUGUUACCGACACCGUCUGUUUUUAUUCCACCGUCGUGGUUUCCUUUUUUAAUAUCUUCUCUACGACGACGGGGAUGACGACGGGAGGCGAGAGGACGCUGAGUCGACUCCUUAAAACGUGUUUUUGUAUGACAGGAAACAGGAAGUGUAGACGGCUUCAGUCCUGUAACCAGACGUGGUGUCACAGCGGGAUCAAAACAUCUUUAUUAUGACACAACUAGUCGCUCAGUUAACUCUUAUUAUCAUCGAUUAAUUGACACAUUUGUCUCAAUUAGUCUCUGAAAGGUCAAAAAGAUGAAACAUUAUUUGUUAUCUUGUCAGAAAAUCUUUCCAAAAGUGCUGAAACAACAACGUUAAGAAGCACAUCGGAGAACCUGUUACCAGCAUUUAUUUAUUACUUUUUACUUUAAUGUUUGAUAUAAUAUUCUUUUGCUGAUAAAGCUGGAUUUAAUAACUCCCACCACCACGCUAGAUGUAUGAUCAUUAUAAUUAAAUAAAGAAAAUAAUUUUUUAUCUUACUUGAAAAAUGACUUGAUUGAUGAAAAUAAUUCACAGCAUCGGAAUAAAAUCAUCAAGUUUAUCGUCAGAACAGAACUUCUUUUUCUCCGAAAAUUGUGACAAAAUGAUAAGCCGAAGAUUUCUGUCGCUCAACUAUAAAUUAAUAACUAAAUAGAAUUAAUAAAAUCUGAAAAUAGCCAUCUAAAUGUUGAUAGCUUUACUUCAAAUGAUUUAAAAAAACAUUGAUUAUUAAAAUAAUAAUAAUUAACUUUCUUUCUAUCACUUCAGCCCUGAGCGUCUAAUUAUUAAUAUUAAUAUUCUAUAAAUCAAAUAACUUUGAAUUCACCAACAGUCUCAGAUGUGCACAGCAACAAACAGCUACAGUGUUAUUAUUAUUAUGCCAAGUGCAAAUAUAAAAACUACGUUUAAAUUAUAGUUAGAAAAUAUACGGAGAUGUAUGGCGGCGUAUCAGGACCAUCGUAGGUAAAAAUAAAUAUUAUGGAGCCUGGUGUGGGGGGGUAGUAUUUCAAGAAAAAAACUCUGAAUUUUCAAGAUUAAAGUUGGAUAUUUUCUGAGAUUAAAAUGAUAAAGUUAUGAGAAAAAAAACAAAUUUAUGAGAAAAUAAUCACAAAUUUUCAUAAUGAAAUUCACAAAUUCAAAAAAAACUUAAAUAUUCUUUGAGAUUAUGAAAUCAUAAAUUUACAAGGAAAAAAAGAGAAUAUUCACAAUUUUUUUUCUAGUAAAUUUAUGUCUUUAAUGUUGGAGAAUAUCCAAUUUUUCUCUGAAAUUUGUGAUUUUUUUUCCUCGUAAGUUUACAGAAUAUUCAACUUUUUUCGCGUAAAUUUGUGAUUUUUUUCGCGUAAAUUUAUGACUUUAAUCUCAGAGAAUAUAGGGGUUUUUUUGUCAGCGGAAAUUUGUGAGCUUUUUCUUGUAUAUUAAAGAAUAUUUUAGUUUUUUUCCAGGAAAUUUCUGACUUUAAUGUCAGAAUAUUCAAGUUAAUAUCUGAUCAAAGAGUAACAAUCCAGUCAGUACCAGUCUUUAUAUUUACUGUCACAAAAAAAAGAAACCAAGUUCAUAUUUUUAGUUUGUCGUUUUGCUUCUGAUCCGGAUGUUUUUGACACCAACCGGUGAUGGACGCGACCCCGAGCUGACAGACACAACAUCUGUAUUUUAAUAAAUCAGCUGUGUGACGAUAAUAAUCACCACCAAGUUAAAGACGAAUCACAGAAACCCAGCUUUGACUUUUGACUUUUGUUUUAAAAAACUGCGACUGAACAAACUGGAAGUGACUUGAAAAACUGGUGAAGAAGAAGAAGCGACGGUGAGGAUGAUUUUAAAGGGAAUAAAAAGAAGUGAAGGAAGCGUCCUGCUGGGAUCCAGAUGUGUUUUCAGUUUGUUGAUGUUAAAGUUUUUCUCCCUCUGAGCUCCUGAAGCCUUAAAUCUGACUGUACGUAACUUUAAUGUUCCUGCUUUCACUUCAUGUGUUCAUUUAAACAAACAUGUACAACAUUUAAACAACCAGCUGAGGCUUCCAAAGAUCACUUCUUAUAUUACAUCGACAGAGACGAGACGUCAGUCAGAGAGUUCAAAAUCAGAUUCAACUAAAGAAUAUCAGAAAUAACAACAAACGUCCGUCACGAGUUCCCAGAAAUCAAAGUCACGUCUUCAACUUGUUUACAUUUUUUAAGAAGUGAUAAAUCGGCUCAUUUUUUGUUUUCUUCGUUCUAUUAACAACUUUAAUGUUUGUUGAAUGAUCGAGUCGACCAACAGAAAAUAUAUUAACAAUGUUGAUAAUCCUCAAUUCUCAAAUUUAAUCGGGAAAAAAAACAACCAAAAAUUAUUCACAGUAAUACAAAAAUGAAACAAAUUUUAUAUGAAAAUAUAAUAAAGUCAAACCUGAAUUUGAAUAUUGUGAAUUAUUUCUCAAAAUUAUGACUUUAUUGUUAAAACGUUUCAAAAGUAAUAUUUUGAGAAAGAAAUCAUAAUUUUAUGAGAAUAAAGUUGUGAUUUUUAGGAUGAAUUAGUAUGAUAAUUUUAUGAGAAUAAAGUUGUGAUUUUUAGGAUGAAUUAGUAUGACAGCAAAAUUGUACUUUUACGUUUUUUUGUAAAAUUGUAAUGUGAAAAAGCAUACUCAGAAUUUUAGGAGAAUAAAAUCAUAUAAAUUUUACUUUUUUUAUUAUUAUUUUUCUUUGUGAAACUCCAAAUUUCCCCCAAAUAUUAUGAUUUUCUCAUAAAAUUUUACUCGGAAAUUUGUGAUAAAAGCAUUAAAUAUCACAACUUUUUUUCUUUAAUGAAUUCUGACAUAAUUCUCAGAAAAUUGUGGCCUUUUUUUGUUUUUUUGUCACCCGCCCCGCAAAUAACUUUAUAUACUUUGAAAACUUUCUGGGAACUUGUAAUGAACAUUUUUCACUAUUUUUGGACACUCUUAAAUGUUUUGUUGUGUUUGUUGUGAGGAAAAUAAUUUCAACUCCAUUGUUGUUACUCAAUAAGGGCUUGAGACUACGGAAGCCCUGAGCGGCAAGUGAGAAAAAAAAAGUCUGAUCUAAUAGUUUUCUCUCCUGUGUUUAUGACUUAAGAACUGGUGACAUAAGGAACAAUAAUCUUUCUAAGUUCCUUAAUUUUUUUUUCAUCUGUGAAGUUAUGGCAGUUGAUUUUUUUUUUAAACAAAGUUAAAUCUGACUUUGAAUAUUGUGAAUUAUUUCUCGAAAUUAUGACUUUAUUUUAUAUGUUGUGAAUUCAUACUGAGAUUUUGAUGUUUUAGAAGUAAUAUUUUGAAAAAGAAAUCAUAAUUUUAGAAGAAUAAAGUUGUGAUUUUUUUCUCAAAAUAUUACGACUUAGUCAUAAAAUUCGACUUGACAUUUUUAUCACAAAAUUCUAACUUUUCUUUAUCAAUUUUUUCUCUAAAUAUUCCCAGACUUUUAAUUUUUCUCAAAAUUUUUCACUAUUUUUGGGCACUUUUAAAAUGGAUUUAUGGAAAAAAAUAAUCGAUUUUUUGCAGCUUUUAAGAAAAUGUUUUAAAUAAUUGCAACUCAUUUGUUUUACUCGAUAAAUGACAAAUUAUUAAUUAAUCAUAAGAGUUGGAUAUUACGGAAGCCCUGAGAGGCAAGUGAGAAAAUAUUUUGAUGAUCCAUUUUGUAAAUCUGAUCUAAAUAGUUUUUUCUCUUGUCUUUAUGACUUAAGAAACAGGUGGAAAAAAAGGUUUUACCAAGAUAAUCUUAGUUUGUUACUUAAAUAUUUUUUUUUAUCCGUGAAAACAGGUGAAAAAAAAAAAUUGCUAUGUGAUUUUUUUGUUUUUGUUUGUUUGUUUGUUUGUUUUUUUUGUAAUGCUUAUUUCAGCCAAAGAGAAGCUGAAGUGCACCACUACUACAUGUUCUAAAUAAGACCAAAAACAUUCAUGUUUUCUUCCAGGUGUGUUUUAUUUUACAUAACGUGCUAACACACGAUAUACGUAGCUUGUCUUUAGAGCGCAUGGAGAAAUUAAAAUUAAAAAACUUUUUCUCACUGGCCUCUCAUGGCUUCCGUAGCCACUGAUUUCCCAGUUUGAUUCAAUUUUGAUUGAGAAACUCAAUUUGGUUCCUUUAUGAGAUAAUUAUUAAAGACAUUAAUAUUGCAUAUUGUCUGUAUUUAUCCUGGGAAUGUAAAUGUUUUUUUCUCACUUUUCCCAGGCACAAAAAUAUCUCUAAAUGCAAAAUUAUCGUAAAAUACGUUUUUAAAUUUAUGGAGGAAGGAAAUUAAAAUUGAAUCAUUUCAGACAAAUAAGCAGAGAACAGGACUAAUAAUUGUUUUUUUCCAAAAGUAGUGAAAAAUGUCCAAAAUCUAAAAUAAGAUAUGAGUAUUAGGUCGACUGUUGGGGAGAAAAAUAUCUACGAUUUGAAUCUUGAAGUUAUUGAAAUGAAAUCUGAUUUUGUCGUCUCAUGUUUUGCUGAUUUGACGGUGAAACUGAAGGAGAAUCUGAGUGUUGUUGUUAUUGAUCAGUUAUUAUCAGUGAUUGAUUUUCACUGAGAGACGAAGCCAUCCUCGAUCAAAGUGUUUUCCUCUGUGUCGUAUUUAAACGGUGAGAUAUCCCACAGGGCACCUCUUUCUUUCAGUGUUAUUGAUGACGUAGUUUCUAGUUCCUCCAGCUGAAUGUAUCCACGCUGAUCGAUCGAUCGAUAGCAGAGAGACGGUCGAUGUACCAGAACACCACAGUUUGCACUGUAAAACGCUUUUAGAUCCUUUUUAAAAACCUUUCUGUUGUUACAUCGUUUUAAUGCUUUUGUACACGGACACAGUUAAUGUGCAUGUUACCAUCAAACUUCUGUUGCUUAGUUUAUAAACUGUACGUACAUUUUACUGUAUUUAUUUAUUGAAAUACACAUUAACAGAAAAAAAA